CUUCAGCGCAGAAGUAGGAUGAGGAUGUUCUUCUUGUUUUUGAUGCUAUGUAAAACACAUUUGUUUUUUAAAUAGUCUUUAAACGGGACCACUGGAGAGACUUUUGCUGAGGAUUUCUUCACUUUGUAUGGCAGGAGGGGGCCCAGCCCACCUCGCCUGUCAGCGCUGCAGUCAGUCAGUCAGUCAUGUUGUGCUGCUAGUUGUUGUUCAGUAGCAACGCUCCGACUGGUGCGCAAACUGAAGGCUGCGUACAGUGUUCAUGCCAAGUGACGGAUAUAAGCGACGUGUUUGCGGGCUACGGAUUCUAUCUCCAGCAGCAGCACUCAAGGUUUUGCAGCCGUGUUGGCCUCGGAAGAGUGGAUGGGAUAUUAAAGAAAAAACAUCCUGAACAAACCCCGCUCGUCUCGGAAAAGAGUGUUACCUCUUCUUGCGAGAAUAGUUGUUUGCUCCGUCUCUUUUCUCUCCUCUCGUCGAUAUCUGAAAGAGGUUCCCUCGAGUGGAGUGGCGAAACAUGGGCGACGUUCGUGUUUAUUUCCUCUAGUUGAGCUGCAUCGGUUAACCAGUGGGACGAGGCUGACCUGCCUUACCUAGCCAUUUGAAAACAAGGUGCCCUGACUGGCUCCUCGCACCAUUGAAAUUUAGACGAGAUACUGCCCGCCACACACAUACGUUACGGCCCCGCGGAGAAGCAUGUGAUGACUCACGCAAGGCAGAAGAGUUCCCUCAAGCAGAACGACGGCAGCGCUGAGUUGUGGGACAACUGUCCUCUUUGGCCACAUGGUGGCACUAUGGGCGACGCCUGGCCUGAGCGCUCACUUCGAUUCGGGAGGACAAAGAAGAUAAGUGAGAUCGUCAAACAAAGGAAAGUCAUGGCCAAGAGGGUGAAUGACAAAAGAGGGAGGACAGAAAAAUCAGAUCAGAACAGAAAACUUGACCGAAGGCGUGACAAGAAACGGCACAGGAAGUCAUAUCCUUUGCGCGGUAGGGCUGGGAGUUCAGAUGGGGAGGGACUCAGCUGUCACGUCCUCCUUACCCGAUUGGAGGAAAGCAUCUGUGAACAGGAGAGUUCCAAAGAAAGGGUGCGAAAGGAUGCACGCCGACAUUUAUCUCUCAAACCCAAACCCAAAAAAGGGAAAAUCAGUAAAAGGAAAGAGGCUGAGUCAUUACCAAAAACCAAAUUAAAGUCAAACAGCCCAGGUCACGGUGAGUGUAUUCAUGUCCCACAACCUCGCAAGCGCAGACUGGCCUCUCUGAAUGCUGAGGCAGUGAACAGUCUACUGCUUGAAAGAGCUACUGACCCUCAGGUGGCAGCUAAACAGGCCAGGAGACAGGAAGAGCCCACAAAUGGAGGGAUAUCCCUGGAUACAAAUCCAACCAGGAGUGGUGUCCCUGGAGGUCUGAAGGCCACACAAGGAAACGUCAGUAAAGCCUCCACGUCUCUCAAACUGUGCCAAAACUCAAAGCGGGUCAAGAAGGCCAAAGCCAACCGAGCAGAGAGCGGGGAGAUGAGUCAGGAGAGUCUGGAUGCCCCCGCCCCCAGAAGAUUGGCUGGACUCAACGCUGCAGCCCUGCUGAAGUUAACCAGUGUGUCUGCUACCAGUAAACAGAGAGUAAAGGCUGCACCCGCAGCUACUAUCACAUCAGACUGCAAGGCUCCUGCUGCGGUCUCAACCCCGAAACAGCACUCCAGGGUCAACCUCAAACACAAGGGGCAGUCACAAAUGCUGAAGGGGAAAAAGGUCCCUCCCCUGCACAGUGGCUGCACGGCCUGCAAGAAGAAGGCAGACUUUGAACCCAAAGUGGAGUGGGAGACUGGCAGCUGCACCCAUCGACUGACCAAACCCGGCUACCAGUCCCGCAGCAUGCUAGGGUACCCCUUAAAGCAAGUGAAGGAAGAGCAGCUGGAGACCGAACUGAGCCCAUACUACUGCUGUCCCCCAGAGGGCUCAGUGGAAUACUGCCACAGCCUGGCCUUCUUUCUGGGCCAGCAGCCCUACGGAGAAUCGGACGAUCAGCCACUUAACUCAGCCAUGACCCCCGUGAAGCGCGAGUGCCUCGUAACCUCACCGUCCCUGACACAUUCCCACCCGCACACGGCUCUGACCCUCAGCCCGCACCCUUGCCUCUGCACGGCCGACCACUGCUUCUCCAGCUACUACGUUCAUAUCGCCCACCCGCCACACACUGGAUCAACGUCAGCAAGCCUGGCCUCGCAACCUCUGAACUUUGCCCCCUCCAGUUUGUGCCCUAAUCGGAUGACCGGCUCCAAGCUGCUGGGUCCACGGGUGUCCCACAGCUCAGGGAUGGCCCACCCCGCCUACUGCAACUCGGUGGCUUCGCCGUGUUACAGUGACGCCUGCGGGAUCAGUGGCUACACCUACAGAGCCAUGCCUCCUGUCACCAGCAGGGGUUGUUCUUUCAGCACAGGAUGCACUGGAUGCACACACAGCAUCAAAACAGAGGGUUACUCCUCCUCUCAGGGUGACCACAGCCCCUCCCUUCUGGUUCCCCCAUCCCUGCCCAUCUCCAGCUGCCCUCUCUCCAGCGUGCCCACCUCCACCCAGACUAAACCCCACCUGCUGACCCCCCUGUCGGGGCGAGACCAACCCCAGGCCCGGUUAAAGCUGGCCACGGAAUGCCCACAGAGCAACGAACCCUCCAACGGCUCGCUGUCAAUGGGCCGCACACGGCUGCCCCAGAAACAGCCGUCGCCCUUGCCAAGCCUCAGCAGCACCAAACAAAAGAGAGUCAGCCGCAGACGUGCCACCAACGGCUGGCGGCCUGUUGGAAUGCCCACGGAGAGGGAGGUCUUUAUUGCGGGAGAGGAUGAAACGGCCCUGCGGCAGUGUUAUGAAGGAGUGGAGAGGGACGGGGAAGUGAUACAUGUCAGAGACACUGUGCUGCUACGAUCGGGCCCCAGGAAGAAAUCCCUCCCAUAUGUUGCCAAGAUAUCAUCGCUGUGGGAGGACCCCAAAACAGGAGAGCUGAUGAUGAGUCUUUUCUGGUACUACCGACCUGAGCACACACAGGGUGGCCGAGAUCCCAGCACACACUGUGAGAAUGAGAUUUUCGCCUCUCGGCAUCAGGAUGAAAAUAGUGUGGCCUGCAUAGAAGACAGAUGCUACGUUCUCCCACUAGCCCAGUACUGUAGAUUUUGUGCCUUGGUGAAGCGGCGUGCCGAAGGCGCCCCACCUGGCAGCGCCAGCAUGGUGCCCUGCUGCCCCGACUUCGCCCCCCCUUCCCACCGCUGUGUGCCCACAGACGUCGACCCCGAGCUGGUGUAUCUCUGCCGGCACGUCUACGACUUCCGCUUUGGACGCAUCCUGAAGAACCUGCAGUAGAGGGUAGAAGAGGCGUCGCACCCAUGAAUUAAUCAUAACUUUGCUCCCCCCUCCUAGGAGAGGUGGGGGGGGGGGGGGUGCUGAAGGACUGAACAGCCCUGUCUUUUCUGCUGGGGACGGUCAUGAUUAGAGGGAAGGGGGACGAUGGGGUGGGGCUGGUUUUUGGAGAGGGACAGAUGAAGCAAAAAGUGUUGGACACAUUAUGAAGCACAGAUCCCUUUAGCUGACUACAGAGGGGUUCCAAUGUGAUAGAUGCAUCCAUCUCAGUCAGAGCACCAAUAUUUCCUGGUUUGGAAGAGCGAGGAUGGGAGAAUUCAUUCAUCAGCUUGGAUUUUUCCACUUCCACAACUCUCUGAGGUUACAUGGAGGCGUGUGUGUGUGUGUGUGUGUGUGUGUGUGUGUGUGUGUGUGUGUGUGUGUGUGUGUGUGUGUGUGUGUGUGUGUGUGUGUGUGUGUGUGUGUGUCUGUACCCCCCCUGCCAGGAAUGCUGAACACCAGGCUAAACUGGGCUACUGUCGGGACCGCGUUUCUCCCAAAGCAUCUUAGCACAACAAUCAUGUUUGUUCCAUUUGUAAGCCAAUGGCUGGGAAUGGUCCGGCGCUUAAGGUGCUUCCGGGGGAACACAAGCCUGCACUGUCAGCUCAAUGUUAGCGGCGUUCAACCAGCCAGGGUGAAGGUGCAGCUAAUGGAGAGUGUUGUCUUAUUUCUCCUAAUUUUAGUUUGUCUCAGUUGUGUGUGUGUAUGUGCGUGUGUGGAAGAGAGAGCAAGUGUUGUCAGUGUGGUUAAAAAAUGGAUCAAUGUGGGUAUGUGUGAUGUUUUUUUUUUUUUUUUUUUAGGAGGCUUUCAGGCAAUCAAACCAAACAAGCAGCUUUAGAAGAAGCGGAGUUCUCUUUUCCCGUUCCUUUCUUUCUGUGUGCCACAGCGCACUGACACUUACAGAAACAGUUUCAUCUCGAGUGAUGCUUUGCGCAAACUAAAAUACUGUACCUAAACGGGGUUUGUGAAAAAGAUUUUUUCCUCGCCAAACUCGAUUCCAGAGCAGGGCUUUUUGAAACUCUGGUCAGGACACUAAAAAUGGCUCUAGUAGUGAAAACACACAUUUUCAAACUUUCAUCUCAGCCUCAGUCCUGGCUUGAAGAAGCCUUGUUCUAGAGAGCCUCUUCUAACGGUCCAAUAGAGAGAGCCCUUACUCAGGAGUUGAGACACUCCUGAGCCCUGUGAAGGUUAUCAAAACGAGGGACAUCGGUUAUUGUUUUCUGUUUGUUUUUCCACAUUAUUUUUCACCUCAGCUGUUCCCUGUGACUUGCCUUAUAACUUGCAGGUAGAGCUUUAGGCAGCUAGUCUCACAACAUACUGUACAGCUUGAAAGUGGUAGAACAGGUGUACUGUAAUCCCAAGAAAAAAGAUUGACUGACUGACAGCUACGACAUGGUCUCUGGACAAAAUGCACCGGUUCAGGGCUGCAACUAAUGAUUAUUUUCAUUAUUGUUUAAUCUUUUUUUGUCAAUGAAGUGUCACAAAAUAGUGAAAUUGCCCUGUAUAUUUUCCCACAGCCCAAUGUGACUCAAAGAUAUUCAGUUAACCAACUUGUAUGACAAAGAAAAGCAUCAAAUCCUCACAUUUAACAAGCCAGGACCAAGCACAUUUUUGGCACUUUUGCUCAAGAAAUGACUAAAAUGAUUAUCCGAUUACCAAAAAUAGUAGCAGAUUAAUUUUCAGUCGAUCAGCUGAUCAAUCAGUCGACUCAACGUCGCAGCUCUAAACCAGUCAGAAACACAGUGCACUUCUCAUGUCAUCCUUCUGCUGUGCUCUAGCUGCUCGAGUUGCAUCCUGAAACGCAAUGUUUCUAUUCUACCCGUUCUAAUUCUACAUCCACACCAAUUAUUUUCCUCCUCCCUCUCGUCCCCCUGAAGAUAAACCAAAGGAUGUCACACAAGUCAGAGUCCCCAUCUCCUUCCUCGCACUUCUCCUCCUUGUCAGCACAUCUUCCCUCGUCCCCUUUAUUACAGUAUAUUGCACUAAUCCAUUCCUUAAUUACAACAAAUGUGUUCAACUUUUUUUUUAAGCUAGUAAUGUCUUACCUGGGGGAACAUACUGUGUAUCGUGUGUGUGUGUGUGUGUUUCAUAGAGAAGGAAAC